UCUAACAUAAAAUCUAACGAUACAUUCUUCAUACAAUCAAUAUCCAUGUCCCUCGCACGCAUGUCCAUUUCUAGAUACGCAUAUAAAACAAAACCACAAUCAUCAUCAUCAUAGAAUCAAAAUCACACAAAACCCUUCUUCUCUCGUUUUCUCAAUUCCAAUUCCAAUGGCGAAUAACUGCAACACCACAAUUCUCAAGGAAGUUAGAAUCGUCAUUGUUGGUGACAAAUCCGCCGGCAAAACCACCCUCAUUUCCGCCAUGGCUUCUGAUUCUUUCCCCGCCACCGUUCCUCCAUUGCUUCGUCCCACUCACUUGCCUUCCAAUUCAUUCACUGAUUCUGUUCCUCUCAUCCUCAUUGACACUCCUUCAAGUGUGGGAGAACAAGGCAAGGUUGUUGAAGAAUUGAAGCGUGCUGAUUCGGUGAUUGUAACUUAUGCUUGUGAUAAUACAAUGAGUUUUGAGCGUGUGAGUACUCACUGGCUGCCUCAACUGCAGAAGCUUGAGGUGAAGGCACCUGUGCUUGUGGUUGGUUGUAAGCUUGAUCUUCGCGAUGAAAGUAGGCAAGUUAGCUUAGAGAGUCUUACCACAGGUAUCAUGAACCAGUUCAGAGAAGUUGUUACUUGUAUUGAGUGCUCUGCAGCUACACUUUAUCAGGUUCCCGAAGUUUUUUAUUUUGCACAAAAAGCGGCACUUCAUCCGGUGGAUCCUUUGUUCGAUUAUGAUACAAAUGCUUUAACAGAUCGGUGUGUAAGGGCACUGAGAAGAAUAUUUAAUCUUUUUGAUUACAACAUGGAUGGCACCCUCACUGAUCAUGAAGUAAACGAGUUUCAGAUUAGAAGCUUCGGUGCAUCAUUGCAGCAGCCUGACAUAACUCAAUUAAAAACAAUGGUACUGCGGAAUGUUCCUGAAGGAGUCAAUUCUCUUGGUCUUACUUUUCCUGGCUUCAUUGAAAUCCAUAAUAUGUUUCUAAAGAAAGGGCGAACAGAGACAUUCUGGGCAGUUCUAAGAAAGUUUGGAUAUGGUAACGAUUUAAAACUGCGGGAUGAUUUUCUUCCAGUUCCAUCAAAGAAGGCUUCUGAUCAGAGUGUGGAGCUGAGUGGUGCAGCCAUAGAGUUUCUGAAGGGUGUUUUUAGAUUGGUAGAUACGGAUAAGGAUCAAUUACUACGACCUGCAGAAGUUGAUAAGCUAUUUGAUGCUGCUCCAGAAAGUCCGUGGAAGGAUGCGCCAUAUAUGGACGCAGCUGAGACAACUGACAUGGGUUAUAUAUCUCUGAAGGGAUUUCUUUCUCGGUGGGCUCUUAUGACAUUACUGGAUCCAAGGUAUAGCUUGGCCAAUUUGAUUUGCAUCGGAUAUAGAGAUAAUCCUUCUGCAGCACUCCGCCUCACCAGUAGAAGAUCAGAAGAUCGCAAGAACCAAAAAACAGAAAGAAAUGUGUUCCAAUGCUAUGUUUUUGGUUCUAAAACUGCCGGGAAAUCUGCUUUGUUGCGUGCAUUAUUGGGAAGGCCUUUCUCAAAUGACUAUACCCCGACAACUGUUGAGAGGUAUGCAGCAAACAUCAUUGAAUUAAUAGCGGGAACUAAGAAAACUCUCAUACUGCGCGAAAUUCCGGAGGAUGAAGUAUCGAAUUUUUUGUCGAAUAAGGAUUGUUUGGCUGCAUGUGAUGUAGCUGCAUUUGUACACGACAGCUCAGAUGGAUAUUCAUGGAAAAGAUCCAUAGAUUUGCUUGAGAAGGUUGUUAACCAAGGAGAGCUAACUGGUCACAGAUUUCCUAGUCUCCUCAUCGCUGCUAAGGAUGAUUUAACUCCAUUCCCAAGGGCAGUACUAGAUUCAGUUAAGGUUGCUCAGGAAUUGAAAAUAGACGCUCCUAUUCGCUUGAGUAUAAAAUCAGAUGAUUCAAAUAACGUGUAUAGUAAGAUUAUCAAUGCUGCAGAACACCCUCAUUUGAGUAUUCCAGAAACUGAGUUUGUGAGGAAAAGAAAGCAACACCAGCAGCUUCUUCACACUUUUAUAUUUGCCUUAGCUGGGGCUGCUAUGGCGCUAGCGGGUUUUACAGCUCGUCGUGCACGUGCGAAUAGGAAUUCUUCUUAGGACAUUAGCAACACUUGUAGACUUAAUGUCCAAUAUUUCCCAUUUGCAAAUUUGUUGAUAGAUUAGGAUCGGUUUUGAAAUUAAAUAAUUUAAUCCCAAUCUUAUUGGUUUUAUUGUUUUCUUAUCCAAUUAUAAUAAUUUUAAAUUUAAGUUUGAUUU